AUGGACAACCAUUUAUGGCUGCUAUUUCAACUAUUAGCUCUAUGUACUAUAUCUGUUUCCGGAAAAGUGUUUGUAAGCAUAGAUUGUGGGGCAUCGGGUUCUUUUAAGGAUGAAAACUCGAUAGAGUGGAAAGGAGAUAGUGAUUUGAUAUCGAAUGGUGUUACACAUGUAGUUCAAUCUAACUAUUCGGUAUCUCAAGUUUUAGACACUUUAAGAGUUUUCACAACCCGAAAAAAGAAUUGCUAUUCUGUAGACGUUGAAGAGGGAGAGAAAAUUUUGGUUCGGGCUGGUUUUAACUACGGAAACUAUGACAAGAAGUUAAAUCCUCCUGUUUUUGAUCUUCUUUUUGAUGGCAACUUUUGGGUCACGGUAAAUACUACAGUAUGGAAAAGAUAUGAAGUCAUUUAUGUCACGAAAAGGAAUGUUAUUAGCAUAUGCGUCGCGCAGAAGAAUCCUAAUCAAUUUCCAUUCAUAUCGACUCUUGAAGUUCGUAGCUUGGACUCACGAUUGUACAAUGAAGUUGGCGAAAAUUAUGCAUUAUUCAGAGAACUGGGAACUGCUUAUGCUGUAAAUGAAACUAUAAGGUUCCCGAAAGACCCUUAUGAUCGAAUAUGGGUGCCUGCAGCCCUCAGCAGUGACAACGGGCUAGUAAAUUUAACAAACACUGCAACCCUUAUUAAUAACGAUGUGCCCAAUAAUCCUCCUCAAGCAGUUCUAGAAAAUGCUAUUUCUACACCAAACGUAAGUCGGACCAUAACCACUUCAUAUACUAUCAUUGAUUACCCAAUCCGCUAUCCUGUCUACUUCAAAUGGUAUUUCACAGAAGUCAAAGUGCUUAAUUCUACAGAAUCAAGAUCCUUUAUAAUCUAUAAAGACAAUGAACCAUUUUCGCUCCCAAUUACACCCCAUUUUGGAAAUGUGACCGAUUAUUUCAUCUCUAAUCUCACAUACACCACUGAAGUAAACUUCACCAUAGAAGCUAUCGGUUCUUCCACACUUCCCCCUCUCCUCAAUGCCUUCGAGGGGUUUUCAAUUAGUGACUUGCUGACUGAAGGAACCAACAACAACGAUGUUGAAGGUUUAACUUCUCUCCAAAACGCGUUUAGUGUAUUACAAGAAUGGAGAGGAGACCCGUGUCUCCCUGCACCAUAUUCAUGGGAAUGGAUACAAUGCAACAACGAUCCAACCCCUCGUGUAACGGCAUUAAAUCUUAGCAGUUUUAAUCUCUCUGGUCCACUUCCAGACUUUAGUAAAAUGGAUGCCCUUAAAAUUAUAGAUUUGCAUAAUAAUAGCUUGACUGGAAAAAUUCCUAACUUCCUUGGCACCAUGCCUAAUCUCAAAAAACUAAAUUUGGCAGAUAAUCAGUUUAGUGGAUCAUUACCAAGAUCAUUAACAAGAAAUUCUGAUUUAAACUUAUCAGAUACGGGAAACCCUUUGUUGUGUACAAAGGGCAAGUCGUGCGCAGGGGACGAUAAGAACAAAACUAACAAAUUACCAAUAAUACUUGGAAUCACGAUUCCUGUGUUUAUCAUCUGUUGUGCUAUCGUGGGUGUCUUGCUUGUGAGGCAUAAUCAACGUAAGGCUGGUGUUCGGUCACAUUCAGGAAGUACGAGCCGCGGAGCAAUUGGUCUAAGCAGUGGUACUCGAGGAACCAUUCAUGAUGAUUUAGAUGAGAAAAGCGCUGAGGAUAAAGAGCGGUUUUAUAGUUCACCUGCACCAUUGCUCUCUAAAGGUUAACAUAAUGGUUGAUAAAUCAUGUAAACAAUAUAGAUCUCUUUUGUAAAUUCACAUUUUGUGAUGAUUGUUUAUUUAUUUAUCGGUAUAUAGU